CGCAAUCGAGAGAGUUAUGGUAUCCGGGGACCCGUUAUGCAUGAUCAUAAUUAUUAAAAGCCGCAUCCCCUUGCAUGUGCAUACGCAUAUAUACUCAUCUCUCUCUGUAGGCGGUAGAAGAGAGGAAAAGGGAAGGUGCGUCAAACGUAAAAGGCCCGGAAGGCCGAUAUCCCGAUUUUCGACUUCGACUUCCGACAAUCACUUCAGGGUCAUUUCUUUUGUUUUUCAAGAUCCCCUAAAGAGGUUAUCCUUAUGUAUGUAUUGGGCGGCUUUGAUAUAUGCAUCAGUUUCAAGGUUUUACCACAUCUCAAAGGACAGUACAGUUGAAAGGAUUCUUCUUCGAAAGUAUUACCAUCUGAUGGCUGUUUCAAUGUUUUCACCUGCUCUGAUAUUGCAGCCAGAGUUCCUGGAUCUUGCGUUUGGUGGAGCAGUGGCAGUUUUCUUGGUAUUGGAAAUUAUACGAGUCUGGAAGAUUUGGCCUUUGGGGCAACCUGUCCACCAAUUUAUGAAUGCAUUCACAGACCAUCGUGACUCUGAUUUGCUAAUUAUAAGCCACUUUUCUCUCUUAUUGGGGUGUGCUCUUCCUAUAUGGAUGUCUUCUGGGUACAAUGAUCGUCCUCUUGCACCCUUCGCUGGAAUUUUGAGCCUUGGGAUCGGAGACACCAUGGCAUCGAUGGUCGGCCACAAGUAUGGUGUCCUUAGGUGGAGCAAAACGGGGAAGAAGACUAUUGAAGGCACUGCAGCUGGUAUAACAUCUGUUUUAGUUGCUUGCUCUGUUCUCCUCCCAGUUUUGACCUCAAGCGGAUAUAUAUUGUCACAGCACUGGUCCUCGUUGGUUUUGGCCGUAGUAGCGAGUGGUUUGCUCGAGGCUUAUACUGCACAACUCGACAAUGCUUUCAUACCCCUCGUAUUUUACAGCCUUCUCUGCCUGUAGAUGCAGCAGCUUCCUUCCACCUCCUAACCAUAGAUUACUGAUCAAGAAGCUCGUAAACUGCUCAAUUCUUUCAUACGAAACAGAUGGAGAUGUUUUCACAUGUUUUGUAUAUUAAUGAUUCUUGUGCUUCUCUUGGAGCACACUUUUUUGUAGAUAUAUCACUCAGAGAUAUCGAACCCUGCUGUAUAGAUUCACAAGUAGAGAAAGCAUAGCUCUUAGCACUGGUAAUAUCGAGUUUAGUCCUCUUAUAUAUCAACGCAUACGAGUGAUGAUGUUUUCCGGGAGAUUGUAGAGUCGGCAGCAUCCAGUUGCCAAGGUUCCAACUGUUGUAUUCUGUUUCUGCGAGUAACAUUAGUGUAAUAAUACUCCCUCGGUGAAUUAUCUAUUGAAAUCACUUGGUUAUGCAAGUAACA